UGUGAGAAUUUGUGGCGAACGUAGUUGGCUGUCAAAAUAUUUUUGUUUUCUAUUCCCGUAAAUGAGAUUUUCGAGGGAAAAUAGCCAAAAAAUUGUAAAUAGCAAAGGGAAAUGAUGUCUGAAGACAUUAAUUUUAACAAUAGUGAUUGUCAAUUGCUGGAGCAGCAUGUUUCCAUUGUCAAUUUGGACACCACAGAGGAGGAGGAAGGAUUGCUGGAGGACAAGCCCAAAGAACCGUUUCUGCACAUGGUGUUUCAGGAUGAGGAGGCGUGUAAAUCCCUCCUGAGCAAGAUCCGGCGGUGCGUGGAGUCAUUUCUUAAGGCACAGAACAAGCAUGGAAGUGUGGUGACGAGUGAAUCGGGAAAGACUGUGGAUAUCUUCGCUGAGGAGGCGUCAGAGAGUGAAUCAAUCUUCACGGAGGACAAGAAACCAUCCAUCCGAUUGAAGAUCAACGAGGUUCCCGCUUAUCUGCCCAGUGAGGUGUCCACGCUGCACAAUGGGGAAUUGCCUGAGACUCCUCAGAGGCUGAAGAAGUCCUCGAGUUGCUUCAACUGUGGCGACAGUCACACGCUGAGCGAUUGUCCGCUGCCGCGCAAUCAGGAGCGCAUCCGGAAGGCGCGCAUGCAGAACGCCAGCUCGAAGACGGAGCGCUAUCACACGGACAUUGAGCAGAGAUUUGCCCACAUAAAGGCAGGCUGCGUGAGUGGGAGUCUGAAGAAGGCCCUGGGCGUGCCCUCGAACUGCCUCCCGGCCUUCAUCUAUCGCAUGCGCCGGCUGGGCUAUCCGCCCGGGUGGCUGGAGGAGGCCAAGAUUUCGCACUCCGGACUGAGUCUGUUCGACUCAGAGGGACGCAGUGUGCGCUCCAGCAACCUGGAGGACGGCCAGAUCUGCGAGGUGCAGGAAGAGUACAAUCCGGAGAAGAUAAUUGAAUUUCCGGGCUUCAAUAUUGAUCCGCCAAGAGGUUGUCUUGACGAGUCGCAAUUCCACGGCGUGUCGCCAAUGAUGGAGCACCAUCGGAAGGAGGUGAUGUUCAAGAUGUUUGGCCUGCAGGAAUCACAGCCGGGCUACAAGAGACAGAGACUGGGUGAAUUGGAGGCUUCGCCGCCAAACGGCGGCAUGGAAGACAUGGAAAUCGUUGACGAAUGCCCAAUAAGUCCCGCACAGCCGGAGAGCAAUGAGAGUUCCAAAGAAACUUCUUCCAAAGAGACAGCAAAGCGUGACUCACCGUCUCUGGAUGAGCUUCAGGCUGCUCAGGAGCGUCUCCUAGAUGCGCUGAACUCCAGCAGCAGUGACGCUUCGGCGAGUGCAUCACAGAAACCAAUGACGCCAGAUAAUCGUGGGAAAUCCGUGUCAAUAAUGCCCGGCACGCCAAUUCUCACGCCAUUCUCUGCCUUCUCGCGCCUCCCGGACGGCGACAACUGGGCCAGAGGCGUGAGUGGCGUGAUAGACUUUGAGAAUCUGCCCGACAGCACUGGCAAGUAUGAGAAGAUGAAGGAUGUGCUGGGAAAGGUGCGCGAAACAGUCGGGAAAAUUCACAGAGAAUGACAAAUUGACG